AUGAUGUUUAAUUGUUUUAGAGUAUUUUUAAUAUUUUUCUCAAUUGCAUGUAUAGUAUUAUCAUGUUUUGCAUUAACUGGAUCAUAUAAAAAUGAAAGUCAUUUAACAGGUACUUAUUUAAUAAGUUUUCAUUUAAAUAAAUUAGAUUUAAGACAAAUUAUAAGUUCAACAAUUGGUAAUGAAUUAAAAAUUAAAAGAGCUGAUGAAGUAGCUACUACUGCAACAACAACAACUACAAAUAGUCCUAUUCCAACAAAUGCUCAACAAUGGAUAAAUGCUGCUUCAAGUUUAGUUAAUGAUCCAAAUGUUAUAUCACAAGUUAAUUCUGUAACUUCAUCUUUAGGUAUAUCUAUUCCAUCUAGUUUACCAAGUAGUAUACCAACAGAUCAAAUAAGUAAUACUAUUCAAGCAGCUAUAGCAGAUUUAUUAAAUAAUGUUACACCACAAGAUUUAGGUAUAGCAGAUGUUUAUUCAACAAGUUAUUGGGGUUAUUGUCGUGGAUUUUUUAAAAGUAAUGGAACAGAAGCACAACAAGUAUUUGAUAAUUCGUUAGGUAGAUUUAUUGAUGAAAAUUUUGAUAAUUCAAAUGUUAAUUGGACUUGGUGUUCUCCACCAACACCGGGAUAUUUCUUUGAUCCAGUUAAAAUUAUGCAAAAUGAAUUAAACAAUACAGUAAAUGAUUUUUCAAUUGAUACUCAAUCAACUAUUGUAAAUAAUUUAUCACAAACUUAUAAAAAUGAAAUUCAAAUACUUAUUAAUAAUUUAUCAAUUGAUAAAUUAAAUUUACCUGGAGAUUUACAAAAUAAUUUAACUUUAUUAAAUAAUUUAACAAAAGCAUCAUUUGCUUUAUUAAUUGUAACUAUUUGUUUAUCAUUUUUAUCUAUUGUUAUACAAUUAAUGGCUUGUUGUUGUUCACCAAAUAAUUGUUGUUUAUCAGUUUUAAAUUUUAUUUUUCAAUUAAUAAUAUUUAUUAUAGCUUUAUUAAGUGCUGGAUUGGCUACUGGAGUAUUUAUGUUUGUAAGAAGAAAAGUUAAUGAUGAAAUUGGUGAUUAUGGUAUAAAAUCUUAUUUAUCUAUAAAUUUUUAUGCUUUUAUUUGGUCAGCUGCUGUUGCUACUUUAAUUGUUGUAAUUUUCAGUUUAUUGGGUUAUUGUUGUGGAUGUUUUGGUUCAAAUAGAAGAAAAUAUAGAAAUCUUUCAGCUUAUGAACAUAAAGGUUGA